AUGAUAAACAUGGAUGCUUUUAUAGAAGCGUUUUUCGCCAUAGAUCAGGAUCGUUCAGAAACCAUCACAAUUGAUGAAUUACAAGCAUACAUGGUGAGAAAUGAUAUGGAUCCUGCUUUUGUAGCGAGAUGGCAGGAACUAUUCGAUCCUCAAAAAACAGGCAUAAUUACACUUUCAAAAUUUUGUGAUGUAUUAGGAUUGGAACUGGAAACUUUACGAUUCAAAUAUGUUGAACAAGAAGAAUUAAAGGUGGCAACAGAUUUACAUUCUUCACUGGAAAAUGUACAUGAAUUUCGAAAGAAUGGUCAAACAAAUAAUCACGUAAAUAACAUAAAUAAUGCAAACAAUGGAUUACCAAAUGAAUUAAUCAAGUCAACUGAUUAUCAAGAGAUCUCUGGUGAUAUGCCAGCAGAAUUGAAAGAGACAAUCUUCACCAUAGUUACAGAAGGUGAAGAUAUUUACAACAACAAUGAUAAAGAACUAGUUAAAUGGAUCAAAUUACGUUUGGACAAGCAUUAUAAACGUUUAUGGCAUUGUGUAAUUGUACGAGGUCAAUAUUCAUCAUUCUAUUCUUAUCAACCAGGUUAUUCAUUUUGUUUCCGUCAUGGACCACGUGUAUUUCUAUUGUUUAAAACACCGAAUACUUAA